UUUUUCAUUAGUCACAAAACUAAAAUUACAAUUUAACAUAGUAGGCGAUCAACUAACCAUUCUUGUCGAACGAGCAGGCGCGCACACCAUGGGAAAAGCCCGAUGCUCGACAUUUGCGGCACGUCUGAACAAUAACAACAACACGAGCGGCAUUAUUUCCGAUAAUGCCCCCAACGUCAACCUCGAAUUCAUACAGUCACUCGAGCAGCUAUGCUCGCGACCCGGUUCCGGCUCGACCCUUGCCGACCUCGACCAUAGCACGCCCACGACUUUCGACAAUCAGUAUUACCUCAAUCUUCUCUCGGGCGAGGGCCUGCUCGGGUCGGACCAGGAGUUACUGAAGGAGGGCCCGCGCAGCAUUAUCGAGCUCUACGCGGUUGACGUGGACGCGUUUUUCGAGGAUUUCAAGAGGGCAAUGCUGAAAAUGGGGAGCCUUGGGAAGCAAGCAAGCAAAAGAAAGAAAGAGAAGCGAAAACAAUCGAAAAAAAAAACUCGAUCCAAUCCUCACCCCGGCGUGAACCGACAACAACGACACGAGACUCCUUUCCGGUUAAUUCAUUCGCACGAGGUAUAUUGGCUUAUCUUAACUUUUUACAAUGUUUGGAGUUGUUUGGAGAUUGAGAAUUGUUAUAAUAUGUUUGAAUGUAAGCAGGUGACCUACAGUGUGGAAAUGGUCCAGGCCGACGUAAAAAGUGCCUGGAGCGUCGAUGUGAGCUACAAGAAGGCGUGGCACGGGAGAAAAAAAACCAUUGAUCGACUGUAUGGCACGUGGGAAUCGAACUUCGCACAACUCCCCUACUUUUUUGCUGCCCUUCAAAGGGCGAAUCCGGGCACAGUCGUUGAGUGGGAAUGGCAGGAUGGGGAAAUGGCUCGUCGUUCUCGAGACAGAGAAUUCAAAUUUGUCUUCUGGGCGUUCGGGCCCGCCAUUCGAACCUUCCAUCUUUGCCCGCCGAUUAUUAGCAUCGACGGCACGCACCUGCGAG